ACAUGAAAGACCAAAAUGUCCAACAGCAGCUCCUUCAAUGAGUUCUUCCUCCUGCCAUUCGCGGACAAGCGGGAGCUGCAGCUCUUGCACUUCUCGCUCUUCCUGGCUAUCUACCUGGCUGCCCUCCUGGCCAACGGCCUCAUCAUCACAGCUGUAGCCUGCGACCACCACCUGCACACCCCCAUGUACUUCYUCCUCCUCAACCUCUCCCUCCUCGAUCUUGGCUCCAUCUCCACCAUUGUCCCUAAAUCAAUGGCCAAUUCUCUGUGGGACAACAGGGUCAUUUCCUACCUGGAAUGUGCAUCGCAGAUGUUCGUCUUUUUUUUCUUUAUUUCAGCAGAGUAUUAUCUCCUCACUGUCAUGGCCUACGACCGCUAUGUUGCCAUCUGCAGACCCCUGCACUAUGGGAAUCUCCUGGGCAGCAGAGCUUGUGUCAAAAUGGCAGCAGCUGCCUGGGCCAGUGGGUUUCUCAAUGCUCUCCUUCACACUGGGAACACAUUAUCACUACCACUCUGCCAAGGVAAUGCUCUGGGACAGUUCUUCUGUGAGAUCCCCCAGAUCCUCAAGCUGUCCUGCACAGACUCCUACCUCAGGGAAGUUGGACUUCUUGUAUUUAGUCUCUGUUUUGUCUUUGGGUGUUUCCUUUUCAUUGUGGUGUCGUACGUGCAGAUCUUCAGAGCUGUGCUGAGGAUCCCCUCUGAGCAGGGCCGCCACAAAGCCUUUUCCAUGUGUCUCCCACACCUGGCUGUGGUCUCCCUUUUUCUCAGCACUGCAGUGUUUGCCUACCUGAGGCCCCCCUCCAUGUCCUCCCCAGCUCUGGAUCUUACACUGGCUGUUCUAUAUUCAGUGUUGCCUCCAACAGUGAAUCCCCUCAUCUACAGCAUGAGGAACAAGGAGCUCAAGGAGGCACUGAGGAAAAUUCUUCAGUAUGUACAGUAUCCCAACCAAUAACUUU